AUGGAUUUCACAGAUCAUGUUUGGACGGAGUGCUUCUCCACUUUCUUGGGAAGGUGGAUGCAUCUUGAUCCAUGUGACGGCAUAUAUGACAGACCGCUAUUAUAUGAGACAGGCUGGAAAAAAGAUUUGAAUUAUAUUAUUGCUAUUGCAAAAGAUGGAGUCUAUGAUGUCACUAAACGUUACACGAGGAAUUGGUGUGAGGUGCUGUCACGAAGAAACAUUACUCCAGAGCCUGCUCUUUCUACUCUUCUAUCCUCUAUAACUAGAGAUUGUCGAAAAAAUCUUGCAUCUGAAGUGGUUUCUGCGCUUGAAGAACGUGAUAGGAAUGAAGCAGAAGCAGUUGAGAGAGACUUGUAUUCUAAAGAUGAUGCUUCAAUCUCACUACCAGGGAGACAAAGUGGGGACAAGCAAUGGUGCAUAUCAAGAUCAGAAUAUGGUUCUGACAAGAAUCGUUCAUGGUCUUCGUCUGGUCCAAUGCGUAAAUGCAUAGAUGGGCAUGUGACAAAGAUCUACAAUGCAUUUGGUCCUGUCGUUUCCCAGUUAGUGAAGCAAUCUUCUUCCAAAUCUAGAGCUGUUGAAGUCCUUGAGAUAUUCAAAAAUAUUUUAGUGGAUCUCAAGAAAUCGCCCUUUAGAACCAGGAGAGUUUCUAUAAAAUCUCUUUCCAAUGGUGCACAGUAUGUUGUCAAUCAGAUGCUGCCUUCUUUUGGUCAAUUGCUUGAUGCUCUUUCACUGAAGAUGGAAUCGGAUACAAAUGGAAGGAUUGACAUUUGCUUGGCUUCUGAUCCUGUUAAAACUUCCAUAGCAUUGCCUGUUUUGUUCCAUGCUCUGGACAAUGUGAUCCAUAAUGUUAACCAAUGUGACAACUUUAAUAAACACUCUCUCUCUUGGCCACUUUUGAAGUUAAAUAGAUUUUGUUCUGGUUUAGUCCUUGCUAGUGGGGAGGAGCUUCCUUUUGGAAUUGCCACAUCUGCAUUUGAUGGGACUCGAAUGUCAAAGUGGGAAGAACCAAAUGGUGCCAGAGGUUGUUGGAUUAUAUACAAAGUAUUCGAGAAUCAGAUGCAUGAGCUUGUGGCGUAUGAAUUAAUGUCUGCAAAUGAUGCUUCCGAGAGAGAUCCAAUGGAAUGGGUGGUUGAAGGAAGUGAUGAUGGGGGUUCCACCUGGCGUGUUUUGGAUAAACAAACUUGUCAGAUGUUUACAAAACGUUUCCAGCGGAAAACAUUUGAGAUCCAAUCACAAGGUGUCCUAUCAAAUGCAUUCAGGUUGAGGUUUCUAGCAGUUCGAGAUAAGCAGGCAACUUCACGGUUUCAAAUAGGGAGCAUUGACCUUUUUGCCAGAAGUCAGGGAAAUCAGAUGAUGAACUCUCUGACAAAUGAAGCCUAUGAGGAAACUGAGGAAGCUAUGAGAAAAAUGGAUGAAGCUUAA